AGCUGCACCAGUUAGCGUUACCCUCAGGCUUGAUCCUAAAUUCUCCUGUGCGCCCUAUAACAAAGUCUACUACUUAUAGUGUAAUAUUAUGACUUAUAAUGACUCCCUAUGUAGCGCACUUGAUCUACAAAACCGGGAUAUUCUGGAUGGAACCUCACACUGGAGUCGCUGUAUGGUGUAUAACAAGUUAGUUAAGCUAGCUAGUUUCGUUGUCUUGGUUACCGUCAACAACAUUAGCAGAAAUCACAUUGCGCUGUGUAAGAUGCCCCGCUUUCUAAUAUAACCUGAAUGCAUGGGCUCGGCUUUUGCAAGGCAGCAAGAACCAUCUGUAGGACUUUCCGUCUGUGCCAGACACCAGGCACACGUCCACUCCAGCAGUGCCGCCGCCCUCUGAUCCACGCUUGGAGCUUUGCCUUGAUAGACAGACAACCAUCGAGAGACUUUGGUCUCACGUCUCCGUCUUUCCUUGCCGUCUCACGUGCCUUGUGGAAGGACGACUGGUCGACCAUGGCGGAGCAGAGAUUCUGCGUGGAGUACGCCAAGCGUGGCCAGGCAGGCUGCAAGAAAUGCAAGGAGAAGAUCAUGAAGGGGCUGGUGCGCAUCGGGAAGGUCGUGCCCAACCCGUUCAGCGAGUCUGCCGGAGAAAUGAAGGAGUGGUAUCACGUAAAGUGCAUCUUCGAGAAGCUGGAGCGUGCUAGGGCCACCACUAAGAAGAUCGAGGACAUUACUGACCUGGAGGGCUGGGAGGAAUUGCAGGAUGAGGAAAAAGAUCUGAUCAAUAAGCUGGUUGCAGAUCUGGCCGCCAAGGCUAACGCAAGUCCAAAGAAGAAGGUGCAAGCCAAGUUAAACACGAGCGGGCAGGUAUCGGCUCCUCUUGCUGAUCCGACAGUGAACGCGCCGCGCAAGUUUUCCGGAUUCACAGCAACAAAGGCAGGUUCAUCCUCAUCAAGUCCUGGUCCGUCUCCUGCCAAAGCCUCACAGGGCAGCGUUCUGUCCGCUCAGUUUUGUCAGCCGGACCAUAAGGACUGUCUGUUCCGCGAGUUCCGCAAGCUCUGCGGCAUGGUGUCCGAGAAAUCCAGCUACAACACGAAGACCGAGAUCAUCAAAGACUUCCUAAAGAAGGGUACUGGUGGAGACAAGUUUAAAGGCGAUCUCUACCUGACGGUGAAGCUGCUCCUCCCGGGCGUAGUGAAAAGCGUGUACAACCUCAACGACAAACAAAUCGUCAAACUCUUCGGCCGCAUCCUGAACUGCAACCAGGACGAGAUGGUGCGAGACUUAGAAAAGGGAGACGUCUCGGAGACGGUGCGAAUGUUUUUCGAUGCCAGCAAGUCAUUUCCUCCUUCGAGCAAGAGUCUGCUGACCAUCCAGGAAGUGGACGCUUCUCUAACCCGCUUGGCUAAGCUCACUAAAGAAGAUGAACAGCAGGCAGAACUGGAAGCCAUCGCGAAAAAAUGCACGGGGAACGACUUGAAGUGUUACAUCCGUCUAGUGAAACAUGACCUGAAGAUUAAUUCUGGUGCCAAACACGUCCUGGACGCUCUAGACCCGAACGCCUACGAUGCCUUCAAAGCCUCUCGAAACCUCGGAGACGUGGUCGACAGAGUCCUGCGUAACCAGGAGGAGGCAUCUAAUGGUGGAGGCCCGAGGAAGCUCUUGAGUAUCGAAGCCACGCUUAUGACCCCAGUGCAGCCCAUGCUGGCAGAAGCCUGCAAGUCCAUCGAGCACGCCAUGAAGAAAUGCCCCAACGGAAUGUACUCGGAGAUCAAGUACGACGGCGAGCGUGUGCAAGUGCACAAGAACGGAGAUCAUUUCAGCUACUUCAGCCGCAGCCUCAAACCCGUGCUGCCUCACAAGGUGGCCCAUUUUAAAGAGUUUAUACCUCGAGCUUUUGCUGGAGGCGACAGCAUGAUUCUAGACGCUGAAGUUCUCCUGAUCGAUACCAGGACCAGUAAACCUCUGCCGUUCGGGACGUUAGGCGUUCACAAAAAAGCCGCGUUUCAAGACGCACAAGUGUGCCUGUUUGUUUUCGACUGCAUUUAUUUUAACGGCGUCAGUCUCAUGGACAAGCCGCUCUGCGAGAGAAGAAAAUUUCUUCACGACAACAUGGUGGAAGUCCCGAACAGGAUUCUGUUCUCCGAGAUGAAGCACGUCACGAGAGCUGCUGACCUGGCUGAAAUGAUCACGCGGGUCAUCAGAGAGGGACUGGAGGGACUCGUCCUGAAAGACAUCAAGGGGGCGUAUGAACCUGGGAAACGCCACUGGCUGAAGGUGAAGAAAGACUACCUGAAUGAAGGAGCCAUGGCUGACACGGCAGAUUUGGUGGUUUUGGGGGCGUUUUAUGGAACCGGCUCAAAGGGCGGAAUUAUGUCCAGUUUCCUCAUGGGCUGCUACGAUCCCGACUCGAAGAAAUGGUGCACGGUAACGAAAUGCUCUGGAGGCUACGACGACGCCACGCUAGCCAGACUGCAAAAGGAGCUGGACGUCAUUAAAAUCGGCAAGGAUCCCAGCAAAAUCCCACCCUGGCUAAAAAUAGUGAAGAAUUAUUAUCCCGAUUUUCUCAUCCGAGAUCCUGAGAAAGCUCCGGUGUGGGAGAUCACAGGAGCCGAGUUCUCCAAGUCGGAAAUGCACACGGCCGACGGCAUCUCCAUCCGUUUUCCGCGAUGCACUCGGAUGCGCGACGAUAAGGACUGGAAGACGGCCACCAACCUUCCCCAGCUCAAGGAACUUUACCGCAUCUCGAAGGAGAGGUGUGACUUUGAGGUGACAGCAGGACCGUCUACAAGCAGCAAAAACGACAAGGACUCGUCAGGAGGAGACAGCGGAGGCAGCUCACCGUCCACCUCCAGUGGAGCAGCAAGCUCGACUACAGCCAAAAACGGUCACACCCCAAAGCCGAAGCCGACGAAACCUGCAACUCCUGCCAAGAGGAAGCUGCCUGCAGAGCAACACACCGCAAAGAAGAUUAAAGUCGAAACAGUUCACAGCAAUGGCCAAAGCAAAGCAAAAGCCUCUCCAGCAAAAGCCUCUCCAGCAAAAGCCUCUCCAGCAAAAGCCUCUCCAGCAAAAGCCUCUCCAGCAAAAGCAGCUGACCCACAGUCUGAAAAGACUCUGCUGAACAUCUUCACCGGAGUAAAGCUGUACCUCCCGGAUUCGGUACAAGAGUUCCACAAGCUGCGGCGCUACUUCGUGGCGUACGACGGCGACCUCGUUCCCGAUUACGACGCUGCCUCCGCGACACACACGCUAGCCGAACCAGAGGAGAGCUGCCAGGCCCAGAAAGUCAGCUCCAACUGGAUCUGGCAGUGCAUCAGGAAAAGAAGAGUGGUUCCCGCUUGCUGAAAAGACACGGCCGUUCUGAUCGGAACGAAUAAAAACAAAGUGGCCUUCAGAUCUCCAGGCAAUUGUUGACCAUAAACACAGCGCGUGUUCCUGUUCAUUCAGGACAAACUUCAUGAACUUUCCUAUGGUUUGGAUUCUCAAUAGCUUUCCACUAUUUCCAAAUAGGAUCAGUUUUAUGUUAGUUUUUUUAACAUGUGCGGCAGAAGCCAUCGCUGUUCUCCAUUUGUACAUAUAAUCCUGUCUGAUAGAUAGAUAGACAGAUAGAUAGAUAGAUAGAUAGAUAGAUAGAUAGAUAGACAGAUAGAUAGAUAGACAGAUAGAUAGAUAGACAGAUAGAUAGAUAGAU